AUGGCACCAUAUGAAACUUUCUAUAGUGAAAGGAUAAAGGCUGUGCAAGAUAGACAAAAGAGUUAUGCAGAUACCAGGAGAAAAGACUUCGAAUUUGAGGUUGAAAAGAAAGUUUUUCUAAAUGUGGCACCAAUAAAGGGUGUGCUUAGAUUCGGAAAGAAAGGUAAACUACGACCUCGUUAUAUCGGAUCUUUUGAAAUACUUGACAGGGUCGGGAAUGUGGGUUAUCGACUGGCUUUGCAGCCUGAACUAUCAGCCAUUCACAAUGUGUUUCAUAAAUCAAUGAUCAUAAAGUAUAUGAAUGACCAUGAUCAUGUGGUCAAUUAUCAAUCCUUGGAAGUACAAAAAGACUUAUCUUAUGAAGGAAUUACUAAUUAA